AUGGAAACAGAUCCCAAAGUUCUUGUGGAUCGCGCCGCUGGAGCCAUUCUCGGGGUUUUCAUCGGGGAUGCCUUGGGCGUUGGUGUACAUUGGCAAUACGACCUGGAUAAGCUAGAGAAGGACCGGGGCUUUGUAACCGGCUACCUGGACCCUUUGCCCGGCUCUUUCCAUUCAGGGACCCGCGACGCACCGGGCAAAGGGCAAUUGAAAGCAGGGCAGCUUGAACAGCAAGGUGAGGUAACAAAGCUGCUGCUGCAGAGCCUUGCCAGUAAGGGCUGCCUGGAUCAAGCGGAUUUCCACGAUCGUUUUGAGAAAGAGAUCCUGCGUGAGGACACGAUGGACGGGACGCGCCAGGGUGGCAAGUACGGCUGGACGGACAAGACGAUCUGCGAUUUCUACAAAGCGCGCGUCGUGCACAACAAGCCAUGGGUGGAAUGCGUGCUUCCGCGCAGUGAUACACCGGAUACCAUCGUUCGGGGAGCUCUCAUUGCCUCGUCUUACUUCCUCAGCCCACGCGCUAUGUGCUGCCAAGUCCAGGCGCACUCCAAGGCUUUCACUGGCGACAGUAGCGUGCAGGCACACUCAGUGGCCUUUGCCGUCCUGCUAGCUGGGAUCAUUCAGGGCUUGCCCCUGGACAAAGGGCUCUCGUGGAGAAUGUACACACAAGCUGGUGACCCAUUGCCCUUUUCAUCCGUCCACAGCGACAAAGACCAUGACGAGGACUACGGCGACUACACAGAACCUGACUCCCUGCUUUGGUACGGGAUGCUCGCCGAGGGCGUCCAGAAUUGUGCCCAAGGCAUCGAGCCUCCCCACCGCGGCGUGGAGCUCUACGGCAAGUUUUGUGCCUUCUAUGGCGUUCUGGGGUCGGCUUAUUACUGCGCCGCGCGUUACCCGGACGACUUCGAGAAGGCCGUCCUCUGUAGCCUGAACGGCGGAGGACAGAACACCAUGCGCACCAGCCUCGUUGGUGCUUUCCUGGGGGCCCACGUUGGCCUCAAAGGCAUUCCCCAGAAGCUUAUCGACGGACUUGACGACCACGACAACAUUGUCGCUUUAGCCAUGCAGGUGGCACAACACGCGAUAGAUCGUUCAUCUCCCUCGGACGCAUGGAAGUGGCCAAGCGACGAGAACCUCCCUGCAAUCGGUGUCAAGAAGCAAUCUGACUGA